GAUUUGGUAGAUCUGUAGACACAUUUCCAAGCUGUCAGAAACAUCAAUAUAUUUUGUACAACAGCCAAAUUAUGAUUUGAAUUUGUUUGAAGAAAUUUGUUGUGUGUUUCGUAGCUUUGUUUGAAUGUUUGAACUUUUGGCUAUAAAACACAAACCAAGGAAGGAAGGAGUUUCCGAGACUACAUAGAUGGAAUAGCAAUAGCAGCCGCAGCCGCAGCAAGCAAAGCACCACCUCACUCCAACCAAAUCAUGGACAGCGCCGGGAAAAAUCGUUAUGAGCUCUUGUUCAUGGACGACGAUGUCAGCGAUCCAUUAGAUAAUCUUGUGGCGCCGACGGCCGCUGCCUCCGCCGCCGCAACAGCAGCAGCUGGCAAGAAGAAGCAGCCGUCAGCUGCAGGUGGCGCUACCGCGGCCACCAAAGCGGCCGCCAAGGUGACAAAGGCGAAUAACAACGCCGCCGGAGGACCCCCCAAUGCCAAGAAACCGAACCAGGCCGAGAAGGAGAACAAGCCCAACAACGCUCUCAGCAAGACCGAUGGCAAGAAGCUUGCCCCGUCCGCCGACAAACAGUUUAAUAGCAACAACAAACAGGGAGGAGCUCCUCGGCCAGGUGGUGGCGCCAACCGUACACGUGAAUUUGGUAGCGGUCAAGGACAAGGACAAGGACAGGGACAAAGAGAACAGCGCAGUAACAACUUCCGUCAACAGAAUGGCAACGGCAAUGUGGAAUCCCGGGAGCAGCGCAACAAUCGCCGUAAUGUCCGUGAUAAUGCCGGUGGAGCAUCCGAUGGCCAGCAGUCCCGUCCAUACCGUGGACCUGGUGGAGGCGGCCAGGGAGGAGCUGGCGGUGAUCGGCCGCAGCGUCAAAAUCGCAACAACGAUGGCCAGAACAGGAAGCGCGAAUUCGAUCGUCAAUCGGGAUCAGACAGAACAGGUGUAAAGGCUAUUGAUAAGCGUGAUGGAGCUGGUGCCCACAACUGGGGCUCUGUCAAGGAGGCCAUCGAUGAUGUGAACAAGAACGAAACCGAGACCAGUGCGAACAAUGCAGAGGGUGGUGCCGCCAAGGCCGACGAAUCGGGCAAUGAGCAACAGAACGAGCAGCAGACGGCCGCCGAGGAAGAGACCAAAGAGCUGACCUUGGACGAGUGGAAAGCACAACAGGGGCAGCGCAUCAAGCCAACCUUCAACAUACGCAAGGCCGGAGAAGGUGAGGACACGUCGCAGUGGAAGAAAAUGGUGGUCUUGACCAGCAACAAAAAGAAAGAGAACGAAAGCGAAGAGGAGCUUGAAUAUGAUCCUGCCAUGUAUCCCCAGCGUGUGGGCCGCCAGCAACGCGUCCUUGAUAUUCAGUUUAACUUUAACGACGGCCGUCGCGGCGGACCCGGUGGAUUUGGAGGACGCGGCGGUGGACGUGGAGGCCCACGUCCCGGCGGCAUUGGUGGCGGCGGACCACGCACCGAGGGAGGCGGUAACCGCGGCGUUGACCGCCAGCGGGAUGGUCCCUCAUCGGGGCAUCAACAGCAGCAGCAUCAUAACAAUAAUGAGGGCGCUGGCAACGCUCAGUCAGCUUCCAAUAAUCGGCCGCCCACCGAUCGUCGUGGUCCGGGCAACAACAACCAAAACAACAGCGGACCAGGGCCAAACAAGCGGUUCGAACGGCAACAGAAUACUGCACCCAAGGUGAACGACGAGCGUCAGUUCCCCACACUGGCUUAAAAACCUUAAUCUCUGCAACCACACUGAUGCGGGGAAACUUUGGAGGAGCUGUUGUGGCAUGGGAGCAGGUUACCAAAAUGAAAUCUUAUAAAUUACAAACAUAUAACAGACAACAAACCCUUCAAGAAAAGCAAACAAACAUGAAACAAAAUCAAUUGUAGCCGCCAUAUAAGCCAAAAGCAACAAAAACAAAGCUAAGGAAAAAUGAGAAAUAAAUUAUACAUAUAUACUUAAAUAUAUGAAGAGAACAUGAAAGCAAUCUUAUAUAGUUUAUGCGUGGCCAACUAAUCAGAUUUUAUCCAUGAAAUCACGAUCAUGCAGAUGACCACCUCGUAUAAACUAGUCAGAGAGUCAGGCAAGCAGACACCUCACAA